AUGGCUUCAGGCAUUGACCGACGUUGCCCUCGAUGGCGUCGUCACUCUAUGCUGUGCGGCUGCUCGCGUGACACGGGUGGUACGAGGAAUCGAGGACCGGCCAAUUGUGGUUGCCUGAUUUACGGUUUACAGUGCCUACACGCUUCUAUCCGUCCGUCCACGCGACGAUUUACACGCCGCAGCUUCUUUACAACCACAUGCGCGCAUGGCUGCAACGGGACGAAGAAUGGCCUCGGAAUGGGCAUUGCGGGCUACUUGCCAUGGUCCGGCCGCCGUCACAAGUCACGGCACAAGUUGCGAGCGUGCCGAUUCAGAACUUGGUGUCGCAAAAUAGAAAUACUUUUCUUGUCCCCGUCUAUAUGCUAUCCAAUCUAUUAA